AUGGGGGUGCCCCUCCUCCGCCCCUGCCCCAUGCCAGUCUGCAGGGAUAAAUGGGGGCGGGACGGGCCCCAGACGGAGAGGAGUGGCGACGGUGAGGCCAGCGCCCCGUCCUCUCCCGGCUGCUUGCAGAUGCUCCCGCUGCUGGCACAGCCCCUCCUGUCCAGCCUGGCCCUGGCCGCUCCUGGCGACCCCGCCAUGGAGCGGGCGGGCAUCGUGGGGGGCCAGGAGGCCCCGAAGAACACGUGGUCCUGGCAGGUGAGCCUGAGAGUCCGCCUCAUCUACUGGAAGCACAUCUGCGGGGGCUCGCUCAUCCACCCGCAGUGGGACCGGCUGCCCCCCAGGCACAUCCUCCCCCCUGAGCUCCUCCGCGUGCAGCUCCGCCAGCAGCACCUCUGCUACCGCGACCGGCUGCUGCCCGUCCGCCGCGUCGUCCCCCACCCCGACUACCACGCCGCCGACCCGGCCCACAUCGCCCUGCUGGAGCUGGAGGAGCCCGUGAACGUCUCCGGCCGCGUGCGGCCCGUGUCCCUGCCCCCCGCCUCGGAGCCCUUCCCCGCGGGCACCCCGUGCUGGGUGAGGGUAGGUGAGCUCCGGAGGCCGGAGCCCCUCCCACCGCCCUUUCCCCUGAAGCAAGCCAAGGUGCCCAUCGUGGAAAACCGCCUUUGUGAAGCCAAGUACCACAGUGGCGUCUACACGGGCGACAACAUCCACAUUGUCCGGGACGACAUGCUGUGCGCCGGAAACAGCCAGGACUCCUGCCAGGGCGACUCCGGCGGGCCGCUGGUGUGCAGGGCGAGCUCGUGGCUGCAGGCGGGCGUGGUGAGCUGGGGCGAGCGCUGUGCGCACCUCAACCGGCCCGGCGUCUACACCCGCGUCACCUACUACUUAGACUGGAUCCACCGCCACGUCCCCAAGCACCCCUGA